CUGUUGAAAAAUGCUCAUGGACUUUACUGAAAACCAGCUUGCAAAUAUUUAUAAUUAUUUGACAAAUGGAAGGUUGUCUCAGCCUUUUGGACUAAAAAUAAAACACCCAUCUUUCGUGCAAUAACAGAUCAUUAUGCAUAGCCUACUCGUUUCUUUGACAACAAAGUCUACUGGUGUAUAAACAUGGCCCGACCCUCUCUUUCCUUCUUCCCUUCUGCUCUUGUACACAAUCCACCCAUACACUGUCACACCCUCCCUGCUCACUUGAACGCCCCAUCUGCUUGCGCUCUGCGUAUAUUGAAGGAAGCUAUGGCUGGACCCAGGCCUGUGGUGCUUAGCGGCCCGUCCGGGGCAGGGAAGAGCACUCUGCUGAAGAAGCUCAUGAAGGAAUAUGACAGUGUCUUUGGCUUCAGCGUCUCCCAUACUACAAGAAAUCCUCGACCUGGAGAAGAGAAUGGCAAAGGUACAGAAUGUUGCUCCUGUUUCAUGACCAUGCUAACAGCUCAUUUCUUAAUUUGCAGUCAGCAGUUUUAUAGUUGUUUUUCCCUCUGUUUGUGUCCUAAUUCUGGGGUUUCAGAUUACCAUUAUGUUACACGAGAGGUGAUGCAGGCAAGCAUCGACAAUGGAGAAUUCAUUGAGAACGCAGAGUUUUCCGGGAACAUGUACGGGACAAGUAAAGCCGCUGUGCAAGACGUCCAGGCCAAGAACCUCAUCUGUAUACUUGACAUUGACAUGCAGGGUGUGAAGAACAUCAAAAAGACAGACCUCAGUCCCAUCUACAUCUCCAUCCAGCCACCAUCCAUGGCAGUCCUGGAAAAACGUUUAAGAGACAGAAAAACAGAGUCAGAGGAGAGCCUCCAGAAGCGUUUACAUGCAGCCAAGGUUGAGAUGGAGUUUAGUAAAGAACCUGGUGUUUUUGAUGCUAUAAUUGUCAAUGAUAGUUUGGAGGAUGCUUAUGGGCAAUUAAAACAUGCUCUUCUUGAGGAAAUUAAUAAGGUCAAGAAAAACAACAUGUCUUUGUAGGAGACAGCAGCAUCCUGACACUGUUUCAUCCCGUCCAGCCACUCCUCACCAAACCACAGACCUCCAUUCCAGUCAUGUACAUUCCCUCAGAUGGUGGUCUGUCUGUAGAUUUUACAUAGUAUUUAGAAGUAUAUGAUAACAUAUUGUAAAGUGGAACUUUUUUUUUUACUGGCAGAGUGCUUUUUAUAUUUUUAUUUUCGUUUGUAUGAAAAAAAGAUACUCCAAUAAUCAGUACUUGAUAUUUGACAUUGUAGGGUGAUCUCUGUUGGACAGGUUUUACUGAACACAGAUAAACAAAUGUACAGCUUAUAGCUUGAUCCUCUCACCAGCACAGACAAACUCGAACAGGGGGUAACGUAACUCAUUCCAUCUUGUGGACAAACUGGUUUGUCAAGGGUAUGAAGAAAACAUGUAUCUGAAUAUCUUGGUUAGUGGCAGCAAGUUGUGCUACUCUUAUCGCUUGACAGAGUUUUUUGUUUGUUUUUGUGCAACUGUGUUGGUGGUGAAAUAGAUUUACAGGGACAGUGAAAUAUAUUGGUGGCAGACACAGUGAGAGUUUGGUAUCAGCUCUCAUCGGAAACUUCAGCAUUACAAUUGAUCUCUGGAAAACAUGGCGGCUGUUUACUUACAAGGGAUACAUGCAAGUCAUCUGUACUGUUGAAAUAAUAAAACUAUUCCAGUUCUGGUUAUUGCUGAUACUCUACAGACUUUUGUAAAUUGCGACGUAACGUGCUAAUGCCAUUAAAGGUUGGUUUGCUGGAUAAGGAUGAAUAGUGAUGUUGAUGUUGAUGAUGCUGUUAAUGAUAGAGAUAGAAAACGUGGCCGAGAACAAAAACAAUAGCACAUGUAAUGUCACUUAGCAUAUAGCUUUUUAUAUUUUUUUUUUGGGGGGGGGGGGGGGGCGGGGGGGCUGCGAUGGAACAAUUUAACUGUUUAUUUUAAAGUUGUACAUUUGUAAAACUUAUGUAACUUUAUCACUUUGCAGGUUCAGCUGUAGAGUAGAAUGACAUUCAGUGGACUGUUUUGAUUCCUAACAGAAGGAGAGCUUUUUAACUUUGAGGACAAAUUAAAUGGCAUGCUUAUCUCUUUUGAUAUUGCUUAGAAUUAAGCACACAAUAAAUCUCCUGUUACUUGAAAGUUAAGAAAACAUUUGUAAUCCAUUUGUAAAUUUUUUUUUUAAAUUAUUAUUAAAUUUUUUAAUUUCAUGGAUAUGUACAAGGCCAGACAAUUAUGUUUAGGCACCUUGUAACACCCAUUCCUUUGUGCAGAUAAUUUUGUAUUUCUCUAAUAAUUGUUUAUUCUUCAGUAUCCAUUUAAUUAAUUAAUUGUGCAGUUGUUACAUCUUAUUCAUUGAGAUGCAUGCAGUCCUCUGGUUUGCAGUGGUGGACUUCGUUACUGUACGUAAGUGUUU